UGUUUUCAAUUUUCAACAAAGUAUAAUAUUAUACGCGGUUUUUAAUUAAUAUGAAAAUAAAUGAAUAGUAUCGUGAUGGUGCCAAUUCGUGUAAAAAAUAUAAAAAGACAUAAAGUAUGGAGCUACUUACUUUUAAGACAACUUAACACAAAUGAUUCUAAAUGCGUUCAAAUUCCAAAUCCGAAGAAGAUCUCAAGUGAUAUGGUCGGUCCGCCGGAUCCAGUAUCGAAUUUACGAAGGGUAAUUUUUAAACAGCCUACAAACGAAACGAAAAUGGAGAAAACUUAUAGAGAGAUGAGAACAGAGGUACAAGAGUUUAACCAAAAGUUUUGGACGCACCAUAAUACAAGAUUUUUUCAGGAAAGAGAAGAUUAUUUGAAGAAGAAUUUACCUGAGGGACAACAAAAUUUGUCAGCUGACGAAAUGAGUGUAUUCUACAAAGCGUUUUUAGAUAAAAAUUGGAAAGCUCACAUCUCGUACAACAUUGAAUGGUACAAGAAGAAUUUUAAGUUAUUAAGACUAGGUUUACACGUAAGACUUAGAAAAUUGUUAAAAAUAAAGGAUCAGUGA